AUGAAGGAGGUGGUGAAGAAAGAGGUAAUCAAGUGGCUUAAUAGCUACAUUAUUUAUGCCAUUUCUGACAGCAAAUGGGGAAGUCCUGUAGAAUGUAUCCCGAAGAAUGGGGGCAGGACUGUGGUAGAGAACGAGAAGAAUGAAUUGAUCAUGAUUGUACCAGAGGAUCAAGAGAAGACCACAUUCAUGUGUCCAUAUGGCACGUUUAUAUUCUGGAGGAUGCAUUUCGGUUUGUACAAUGCUCCAGCUCGUUGUGAAGAAAUGAACUGGGUACUUAACUGGGAAAAAUGCCAUUUCAUGGUUCGAGAGGGCAUUGUUCUUGGGCACAAAGUAUCGAGCAAGAAAAUAGAAGUUGACAAGCUGUUAGAAAAAGAUGUGAAGUUUGUGUUCAAUGAAGCCUGUCUGACGGCUUUUAAUGAGUUGAAGAAGUGGUUAGUGUUUGCUUCUAUUAUCAUCGCACCUGAUUGGUCUCUUCCGUUUAUUUUGAUGUGUGAUGCAAGUGAUUUUACUGUAACUUUCUAUACUGAUCACACUGUAGUUCGACAUUUGUUUGAGAAGAAGGAUGCAAAGCCGAGGCUUAUUCGUUGGGUGUUGCUGGUGCAACAGUUUGACAUUGAGAUUCUAGACCGGAAGGGCAUGAAACACCAAGUAGCAGACUACUUAUCGAGAUUGGAAGAUCGGGAACAUAUAGAUGAAGCAGUGGUGAUUAAGAAGACUUUUUCUGAUGAACAACUUUUUCGCUCUUCAGUUAGCUGA